GCGCGGGUUCGUGGCCGGUGCUCUUAUUUCUGAUAAAGGACGGGACAUUAGCGGACUUGCGGUGGCCUUGCUGCAGGCUGCAUGGUGCAGAGGAGCAAUGAUUGCAACCCAGGAGCUGAGUGCAAGAUUGGUAUCCUCUUGCCAAAAGCUCUGGGAAAAAGAGUCACUUCUGGACUGCACAGUUGCUUGCAUUAAUGGCAAGCUGAAGGCGCACAAGAUAGUUCUGUCAGCUGCAUCAGACUUCCUCCUGGACCUCCUUGAGGGCAACCCUGGUGAACAUCCAACAUUGAUCUUAGAUACUGAUUUUGAUUCACUGAACCACCUGCUGAAUUAUCUUUAUUAUGGAAAUCUACCAUCGGAAGAGUUUUCAGAUUUCUUCAGUCUUGCGCACAAGCUCAAACUGCAUGGAAUAACGGCGGGUCCGGAGCCCUCCCAAGCGGCGGACGGGGCGGUCCGGCGGCGCGGCCGGCCCCGCAAGACGCGUCAGGUGGCACGCCGCGAGGACGGACCGCUGGUGGCGGCGGCCGCCAGCGCUCCACCCGAUCCUGCCCGUCCGCCGCUCUUCCUGCCGACGGAGCCGGUGGCUGACGUCGAGGUGAAGGUGAUCCGCACUGUGGCCGGCACCAUCCAAGUGCUGCGACCCAACCAGGCGUCUGUUGACGGAGCCGAGGUGCCGGCGCCAGCCUCGCCGCCCCCGCCGCCGCCGCCUCCGCCGCCGCCGGGUGACGCGGGUCGCGACCGACCCUUGGCCACGGCCGGUAUCCCCGAUCAGCUGUUCGGCGGGUCGGCCACCCCGGCCGCCGCCGAGUCCCCGCCCUCCGACGACGAAGGCGACGCGGGCGGUGGAGGCGAGACAGAGUGGCAGCCGCUGCUCGACCUGGACGAUUCUGGGAAGCUAGUCGACGAGGCGCAGGCCGGCGAUGACGUCACAUCGGAGAGCAGCAGCAGACGGCCAGCGCGGCGAACCUCCAGCAGCGUGCAGUGCAGCUUCUGUGGCAAAAUGUGCUGCAACCGCCAGACACUGAAGGUGCACGCGCGCGUCCACACGGAUGAGCGGCCGUUCGCCUGUCCCGCCCCCGACUGUGGCAAGGCCUUCCGGCAGCGCGUCCACCUGCGCCGCCACGUGCGCUGCCACGAUACCGUGCGUCACUUCAGCUGCCCCGUCUGCGGUCGCUCGUUCAAGUUCGAGUCGAAUCUGCAGCGCCACAAGGAACUGCACGACAAGGGCAGCGGCCCCCUGCGGCCGCGCCGCUACCGCGACAACAAGGGUAUCCUCUGCAACCUCUGUGGCAAGAAGUUCGUCUCGCCAGCGGCCUUCGAGAACCACGUACGCGUGCACACCAACCACCGACCGUUCGUGUGCGGCGUCUGCCAGAAGGGUUUCAAGCAGAAGUCGCACCUCACCGAGCAUGAGCGCAUUCACUCAGGCCAGAAGCCGUUUAAGUGCGUGCGCUGCGAGCUGACGUUCUACAACCGGAGCCGCUUCAAGCUGCACCAGGUGAUGCACCUGAACGAAGAUGUGCAGAAUGGCGAGUCGCCCGAAGUGCUCGAUCCGGAGCAUAGGUUUCCGGUAUGCACCAUCUGCUCCAAAAGGUUCAUCAACGCCAGCAAUCUGAGGCUGCACCAGCGACGGCACAGCAACGCCAAGCCGCACGCCUGCCACCUGUGCAGCUUCCGCUUCAAGAUGGCCAAGAGCCUGGACAAGCACCUGGCCUCGCACCACAAGGAGGAGCAGCAGCGGCUGGAGGCCGGAGAGCAGCUGCAGCAGGAGCGGCAGCAGUCUCAGGGGUCUGCGGCCGGCCUGCCGGUCGCGGAGACGGGCGCCGAGGCAGCCGUCAUCAUCCUCCGCGAGGAGGAGGACGGCAGCCUGACGUAUGUGCCAGAGCUGCAGGACGCCAGCACCGACGGCAGGGUCGUCCAGGUGGUGUUGGACGAGUCGGAGCGGAAGCAGGUAGAGCACCUGAUGACGGCGAACGCGCUGGACGACAAAUGGAUGGCAUCGCAGCCGAUGAUGGUGCCGGACGUGGCCGGCGGCCUGGCGGGGGAGUCGGCGCCACGGCCGGCACCGGCGGACCCGGGCGCUGCCGCCGCCGCCGCCAUCCUGAUGGAGCCGCGUGGCGUCAGUCCCCGCGGGCAGUGACGGGAUGGCUCGAACGGAAAUGGCAAGGAGACCCGGUCAGAGAUGGUGGUGACAUGUGGCUAAGCGUCUCCUGUUGUGUUCUGCGCGGUCCCCUGCCGGAGGAGGCCGUCUGAGAACCCUAAAUGAGCAAGCGAGGGUAUCGGUCGUGUGGGGGCGGGGAAUGAGGGCUCAUGUGAAGAGCGGAGCUGAGUCUCACACCACCGCACCCGCCGUCGUGCUUUUUCACGAAUAGUUCUACCUUAAGUAUGGUGUAAAUUAUGGUGACAAUGGUAAACGCUAAGCCGAGGCUACACGAUUGUACGCACCGUUGUGUACUGCGAUACUUUUGUUCGCAGGCCACGCCGGACUUUUACCGCUUUAUUAAGGAACUGCAGACGUUCGCGCGUGCACUACCACGAUAGUUCGCGGAGCUGGACCGCAGCGUGGCGACACCUGGCCGUUGUUUUGAUUGCCGCGCCGAACGUCGCAGUACAGCCCGGCCAGCCGGGGGGAUGUAGGGUGCUGCAGACCGGCUGGUCGGUGCCGCCACUCUCUGCUCUCUGACUCACGCCGUAGGGGCAGUCGCCACAUGGGCUCCGCUCGCUGCCGACCACUUGUGCUUGUGCGUCGUGUGGUGCGGAAAUACACGUAGCCACUCCGCG